AUGGAGAAGCAGGAUUCCAUUAGACCCUCAUCACCUGUAGUUGCUCAUGAAGUGGUAACUCCAAUCCAAAUUGAUGUUGGUGAGGGUGAUUUAGGGUUAGCAUUAACCUUAUACAAAUCAGCAACACCUGAAUUUAGUAGGUCUAAAGGUUGGAAACAUAGUAAAGGGGCAUCGUCUUGUAGUAGAAUGCUUAAAUUGGAUUGGGAAGGUGCUGAAAAAACAAUGGCAAGUGGUGAAGUUGAUAAGGGUAAGGGUGUAGAAGGAUUUGUAGAUGAAUUUGUUGUAGUUGAUGCAGAAAAAGAGUUAAACAAAGAGAUUGAUGUGAAUGAAGAACUUGAUGUGAACAAAUCCAAUGGUGAGGGUGUAGAAGGAUUUGCAGAUGAGGGGUAUAGAGUUGUCAUGGAUAAUGAUCCUCAAGGAGUCAAUGAAUUUUCAACUAACAUCAACAUAGAUGAUGAGUUAAUGACAAACUUUCAACCUUUUGAAGGGUUUGAAGACCAAGAUAGCAUCCCAUUUAAUGGGUUUGAAGGCCAAGAUAAUAUUCCUUUCAAUGAUGAGUGGAGACAAGAGGAGCCUGAUGACAUUGAGUUUGAGAAUCAAAACAGUGAAGAUGAAGAUAGUGACUUUAUGAUUGAUGAGGACAACAUAAUUGAAGAUGUUGACGUUGACAUGGAGGAUUUCAAUCUAAAUAUUGAUACAGAAGCAGAGUUCAAUGGAUGUCAAAGAAUGGGUGGUCAAAGAAAUGAAGAUAGUGAUGAAGAAGAUGAUUUGGAGGUAAUUGACAAUGACGAGUGGGAUUCACUAAGUGAUGACUCAGGGGACAACAGGAAAAGAAGAGAAAUGAUCAAAGAGCUGGGGAAACAAACCUUAUGUUCUGCUGGUGAGGUGCACAAGGUAGCUUUUCAUAUUGGGCAGAAAUAUAAAGCCAAGAAAGAAUUGAAAGAUAAAAUUGACCUGCAUGCUUUAGAGACAAGGAGGAAUAUCUCAUUCACAAAAAACGACAAGAGUAGAUUAACAGCUGUUUGUGAUGGAACUGUAGUUUUAAAUGCAAGUGGGGUAGGUGGACCUACCUCUGGGAAAAAGGUGGAGCCUAUCAAAGGUAGAGCCAUGUGGCCUAAGAGUGACUGCCCAACAACUCUUGUGCCUCCACCACACAACAAAGCUAUAGGCAGGCCAAAAAAGAAAAGAAGGAUUACAGCAGAGGAAAGGAUUGAAAUCCAGCAACGUAAGAGGCAAGCAAACAGUCAAAGUCAAAAUGAUAAUGAAACUCAAUCACUGAGCAGGAAGUUUUUGACUGUGACAUGUAGUAAGUGUAAGCAAAAGGGUCACAAUGCCAGGACCUGCAAGGCCAAAGAUGGGAAUUGA